AAACAGUUAUUGUUAGCAUUUCCCAAUUAGUAAAUUGAAUAUAAUUUAUUUAAAAAUGAUUUUUAGUGCUAUGAAGUACUUAGAAAGCUAGUGCAAUAUUGGUAAAUAGUACAAAUGGCUGCAGACGAGCAGCAAAGUGCACCCAGCGAUUGGCUGCUGUGGUGUCGCCUUUGCGCUAAGGACGAUCUCCAGGGAAAUAUAAAUGUGUUUUUGAAAAACGAACAGACUGCAGCUCCGGGCGAGCAAAUGGCAGAUGGAAAUGGAGCAGCAGCUGGCGCUGCUGCAGUCAGCGACAUGGCGCUAGCCACAGCCAUUGGCAAAUACUUCUGGGUGAAUAUAACACGCGGCGAGGAGCUGCCGGAGAUGAUAUGCAGCGAGUGCCUGAGUUUGGUGACAUCGCUGGUCAAUUUUUCGGAGCGCAUAACGCGCGUGCAGAAGCUCUAUUGCAUAUUGCAGAGCACGCCCAAGGAUUCGGUCAAUAUGCAGGAGCUGCGCGCCAGAUUUGGGCUGCUCGAGGAGCGGCACCAGCAGUUGGAGGCAGAGCCGGAGACGCUAACCGAAGUGCAUUAUGUGGAGGAGAAACCGAAGCUGACUGAGCUGGAGGAGACGUCGUUGGAGUUGGAAAAUCCGCUCACGCCGUGCGUACAAAGUGUGGAGACGAAAACAGUUGACCAGCUGGAACGAGUAGAAGCAGCAGCAGUUGACCAAGAAGAUCAGCUAGAGGAUGAAGACGAACAGGCGGAGGAGGCGGAUGUAGAGGAGCAGGAGCUGGAGCAGGAGCAGUCCGGAUACGAAGAUGCGGGCACGGAGCUGCUGCUGAAUCUAUGCGAAGUAUACAGUCAGGACGAGACCAAUUCUUUGGAUAGCGCCAAGCCUGUCCAGCCGAAGCCGCACAAAGCCAGGCCAGGCAAAUCCUAUCAAUGCAGCGAAUGCCCCCGGAUCUACGCACUGCCGCAAACGCUGCAGCGGCACAUGCGCCAGGACCAUGACAAGACCGAAGCAGACUCGACCAAGCUGAUAGCCUGUGAGCAGUGCGAGAAGCAGUUCCGGUCACGCUACCAGCUGCAGCGGCACAUGCAACAGCAUCUGCCCAUGCCGAAGCGCAAGCGUUAUCCAUGCGGCAGCUGUGGCAAGAAGUUCACCACGAACGCCUCCGCCCAAUCGCAUGCCCAGUAUAUGCAUCAGGAGGAGCGACCCCGUCCGGUCAUCUGUGAGCAAUGCGGCGUGGCGGUGCAUUCGCUGCACGCGCUCAAGGAGCAUCUGCUCAGCCACACGGAUUACGCGCCUUACGAGUGCGAUGUGUGCAAGAAGUGCUUCAAGAGCAUAAGCCGGCUGAAACAUCACAAGGAGACGCACGAUCCACACAAGUACAUCUGUCCCGAAUGCGGCAUGCAGCUGAAUUCGCGACCCACGCUCAACCGUCAUCGGCUGGUUCACACGGAUCAGAUGCAGCACAAAUGCGACUAUUGCGGCAGGGAGUUCAAGCGUGCCAAGGCUCUCAAAAACCAUCUCAUUCUGCACACAGGACUGAAGCCAUACUCGUGCGAUUUCUGCGACCGCACCUUUGCCAACGGCUCCAAUUGCCGCACGCACAAAAAGAAGUCACAUCCCGAGGAGCUGGCCGCACAGGAGGCGGCAGGCGGCGGCAAGAGCUACAAUCGCAACAUACCCAAGCUGGAGGCGCUGAAAGCAUUCACAAAGAACAAGGACAAUCUGUCGCCGGUGGCCACCAAGCAGAGCGGCUGCUUCGCCUUCGGCAAGAAGCCCAAGGCGCCAACAGCGAAAGCAGCAGAGCUGCCCUUCCCGAGUCCAGCAACUGGCAUACCCACCAUAGAAAACAUUUACAAUCAUCUAAUGAAGCCCGAGGUGCCGCCACAGCCACAGCAGCAGCUGGUACUGGCCAGCGAUGGCAGCGCAAGCAUCCUGCCGGUGGAGCACGCGGAGUCCAGCACCACGCAAAUCUUUUCCUAUUAGACUCCAAUUGGGCGCGCUUAUUUGAAUUGUCGCCGCGCACUGCGCAUGUCCAUGUCAGAGGCGGGCGCACAGUCACCCCCAUGGAUGUUUUUUUUUUUGUUUUUUAUAUGGGGGUAGCGCCAAAUGGCCAAUAUCCUUUAUGAAGGAAUUUAGUUCAGUUGACAGCGUGCGCUUCCUCGUGUCUGCUACGGCAGGGAAUUUGUUUAAAAUUGACUUAAACGCUAACCAAAAGAAUUGUAUUAAAGCAAGCAUUAGAGAAGCGUUUAACCAUGUGCCACCAGGCGCUAUUGUGCAUUAAUAAAAGUGCUUCAAAUAUU